AUGACCAUUUCUCAUCAAGAACAUGAAGUAGAACAAGAAAAAGAAGUUUUAGUGGGUCUAACCGCUAAAUUAAUUGAAAAUACGGAAAAUCUCGAAGUAGCUAAGCAAAAAGCCGUUGAAUUCAUUACCAAGUUUGCCGAAAAGCAAAAUCUAACUAAUUGA